AUGUCAGAAAGCUGGCAGCAGCAACAGCAGCAACCACCACAGCCACCGCAGCAGCACCACGCUGGGGCAGCUGCCCUCACAGAGCACUCCAUCCCGCCCAGCACUGACAACUCCUUGGGCUGUGCUGUCUACGGCAUCCUGCUCCAGCCAGACCCCGGUCUGCAGCACCCCCAGCACGCCUCCCUCCAGGUUGGAGACCUGUCCCACAAAUGUGGGGUGUGCGGCCACGACCUCACUCACCUCUCCAACCCGCAUGAGCACCAGUGCUUGCCAGGCCAUGAUCGCUCUUUCCAGUGUACCCAGUGCCUGAAGGUCUUCCACCAGGCCACCGACCUCCUCGAACACCAGUGCAUCCAGGUGGAGCAGAAACCCUUUGUGUGUGGUGUCUGCAAGAUGGGCUUCUCCCUCCUGACCUCGCUGGCACAGCACCACAAUGUCCACAACAGCAAUGCCAUGAAGUGCUCUAUCUGUGAGAAAACCUACAAGACCCCUGAGGCAGAGCAUCUGCAGCCUCUUGACACCUUGGAGAAGCCCUACAGCUGCUCCAUCUGUCAGAAAACCUUCAAGCACCUCUCGGAGCUGUCACGGCAUGAGCGCAUCCACACAGGUGAGAAGCCCUACAAGUGCACGCUGUGCGACAAGAGCUUCAGCCAGUCAUCCCACCUGGUGCACCACAAGCGGACACACAGCUCAGAGCGACCCUACAAGUGCACGGUGUGCGAGAAGACCUUCAAGCACCGCUCCCACCUGGUGCGCCACAUGUACGCGCACUCCGGGGAGCACCUCUUCAAGUGCAACGUCUGUGAGUUGCACUUCAAGGAAUCGUCAGAGCUGCUGCAGCACCCCUGCACGCCCAGCGGGGAGCGGCCCUUCCGCUGUGGUGAGUGCCAGAAGGCUUUCAAGCGCCCAUCUGACCUGCGGCAGCAUGAGCGCACGCACAGCGAGGAGCGGCCCUUCAAAUGUGACCUGUGCCAGAUGAGCUUCAAGCAGCAGUACGCGCUGAUGCGCCACCGCCGCACGCACAAGGCUGAGGAGCCCUUCAAGUGCAACCUGUGCGAGAAGGGCUUUGUGCAGCCCUCGCACUUGGUGUACCACCAGCAUGUGCACGGCAUAGAAAACCUCUUCAAGUGCAAUGUGUGCCAGAAAGGCUUCAACCAGUCCUCAGAGCUGCUGCGGCACAAGUGCGUGCAGAACGCGGAGCGUCCCUUCAAGUGCGGCAUAUGCAACAAGUCCUACAAGCGGGCCUCAGCGCUGCAGAAGCACCAGCUGGCCCACUGCUCCGAGAAGCCCCUCAAGUGCACGCUCUGUGAGAGACGUUUCUUCUCCUCCUCCGAGUUCGUGCAGCACCGCUGUGACCCAGCCCGUGAGAAGCCCCUCAAGUGCCCUGACUGUGACAAGCGGUUCAAGUACGCCUCGGACCUGCAGCGCCACCGGCGUGUGCACACUGGUGAGAAGCCCUACAAGUGCCCCUCCUGCGAGAAGGCCUUCAAGCAGCGCGAGCACCUCAACAAGCACCACAGUGUGCAUGCCCGGGAGCAGCAGUACAAGUGCAUGUGGUGCGGGGAGCGGUUCCUGGACUUGGGCCUGCUGCAGGAGCACAGCGUCCAGCACACAGCUGAGGGCGCCUACCAGGUGGCUGCCUGCUUGUCAUGA